UCUGGCAACAUCGUUUUUGAUCGGCAGCAAAACAACAUGGCGUCCAUUUCGAGAGAUUCGGUUAAUGAUUCUGAAAUGCAUGUGUCGUUUGAAGACCAGCAGAAAAUUAACAAGUUCGCUUGCCAGAAUGCAAGGUUGGAUGAUGUAGUCGAAGAGCUCAAGGCCAAAGAGAAUGAACAGGAGGCUUUAGAAGAUGCUGAAACUGACCUUCUUAUGUGUGAGGAGGAAGAAAAGAUACCAUCAGCGCUGGGAGACGUGUUUGUGUUUGUGAGCCCAGAGGAAGCGCACCAGAUGUUAGAUGCCAAGAAGGACGCUGUCUCCAAGGAUAUGGAGGCCUUACGCCAGCAGAGAGACACCAUCCGCCAAGUGAUGUCAGACCUCAAGGUGCAACUCUAUGCCAAGUUUGGAAGCAACAUCAACCUUGAGCCAGAAUGAAAGGUUGCUAAGCAAAGAAUGCCUGCCAUGCGUGCUAACACUUAUUUGCUACAUUUUGUGUUAUUAACAAGGAGCUUUUGUCUGAGUGUAUAUACAUUUUUUGUUAAAUAAACUCUUCUAAACUUAGUUUUGGUUC